CGUAUUUUAUUAAUAGCGAUUGGCAUUUCGUUAAGCGUCGCAUGCAUCAGUGUUUUAAUAGUUGCCAUAAAUUGUUAUCGUGUCACGGCGUUGAAACGUCGUGCCACUGUCGCUCUAACAUUACCAAUUCCACUGUUGCCCGAAGAUCAAACACUUCUGCACACUGAGCCGGACAAUCCUGUACCCAUGCUAUCGGUACAGACUGCCGGCUACGCGGGAAUGGAGCGGCUCGGCGUUCCGACCCGCACCACACUUAACUCACCACCGGACGACAGAGGGCAAUAUAGCUGUAGAAUGCGCGUGGAGACAUUGCCAGCGCGAGAAAUUUUAGUACGAAGCGAAACUGUGAUCCGUAGCAGCAACAACACUAGCAGUAAUAGCAGCAGCAGCAGCAGCAGCAGUUGUUCGAUUAGUGCCGCCAUCAACGGCAGUAGUGGCAGUAAGAUUAGCCAAAAGCAACAACAACAGCAACAGCAGCAGCCGCGGCAACAAUUAGUGCAACAAGAACAUCACAAUCAACAUUCCCACCAUCAACAACAUCAUCACCAACAACACCAACAUCAACACCAUCACCAUAAACACCAGCAGCAGCAACAACAUUACCAGCGUAUGUCGCAACAGCAGCAGCAAGAACAAUCAGAACGCUGCGACAAUGGCAACGAGGAUGAUUGCAGCAACCAAAGUAUUAGCAACAACAAUAGCAGCAGCAAUUUCAUGCGCGGCGGUAUCGAGGCGUCCACCCUCAAGUAUGGUAGCAUGGGCAGCGGGAGUGGUGGAUACGGCGGAGGCAGUUAUGGUGGCAGCAGCAUUUCGGGCAGUUCCUGCACCUGCAAUAGUCACAGUAUCGACCAUCAUCAGCACUAUCAGCAGAGCGGACAAGGGCAAUUGAAGCCUCAACGCAUACCGAAUUGCCCACAUCAUGUACCCCUGCCGGACAGCGAAUGGGGUCAGGAUCGCAAUAUGCAAAUACGCGCAAGCUAUCAGCAAUCGGAAAUAACGCGUUCCUAUAUUAAACCACCGCCGAAUAGGAGCAUUAAAGACCUACCGGAUAAUUAUAAUGCUCUGUCGGCGCUUGGCGGUUCCAAUAUGUUGUUAUAUGGCGCGCCACCCAAUGUUGUGGCGCCAUAUCCACCACAACAGCAACAACAGCCACAGCCGCCGCCACAGCCAACAAAAUCAAAGCCAAACGUGAUCACAAAGCUUUUCUCACGCAAAAGCACUCCCAAAUCGCCCACAAUGCUAGCGAACACAUCCCCGUCAACGUCCGCCACCGCAUUGGCCACGAGUGCGUCUAUAACGUCCAUGCCCGCAUCAACAACGUCCUCAGCGUCGUCGCUUGCAUCAGCCGUUUUGCAGCAUACGUCAGCCAUAUCGCCUACUGCAUCGAUAUCUUCAUCCGCGUCGUCACUGACAUCGGCUCCAUUACCUACUAUGCCGAUAUCAACGGCGGCCAUGUUGAAGACGACCGCCUGCAAUUACGGCGCCAGCUCAUUGCAAACGUCCGCGGCACAACUACCUUCCAUACCAGCGGGCUUGGCGCCCAGCACGCAGCUACUAACUACAAUCGGCGUCUCGCCUUCGGUAACACCUUCCAUUAUGGAGCGCAUACCAACACCGCCAUUGUCGGUGACCGUGCCCAUUGGUGGCUAUCAUCAUCAACUACAACAGCUUCAACAUCAGCAGCAACAGCAGCAGCAUCAACAACAACAGCAACAACAGCGUUUGUAUCAGCAACAGCAACAAAUGUUAUUGGACAACAUUGUAGCCGAGAGCGCCACGCCCACAACAUCGCUGCAGACGCUUAAGAGCAGCAGUUGCAGUUUGUCCAGCACCAGCGGCGCUGUAGAACGUAAUAGCAAUCGAAAUAGCCUGCUAACGAUGGAUUGUUAUCCACUGACACCAACCACACCUCGGUCGCGUACGCCAAAUACAAUGGGCUCAGAUGAAAAUAACUGUAACUGCAAUAGUAGAGACUGUAAAAUGUGCUAUCCAAAUAGAACGACAUAGCACAGUGUUGCUGAGCUUGUUGCUGACGUUGGGAGCUCCACAGUUGAAGGCAUUGAAAUUGCGGAGAUCGCAUAGAGAGCACGGACAGGUGUUAGGAAACUUUGACGAAGGGUAGAGGUGCGUAAAAGAUAGAGGAUUGAGGAGCUCAACGGUAGGAGGAGUAGCAGUAAUAUAAAAGACACGGGUACAGCGCAGCGUGAAUAAGUUGUGCAUUAACUAGCAACAAAUUCCUGAAAGCGCGUAUGCUUAGGGCGGGAGUGGGAAAAAUUCUUAUCUUAGACAUAUAAGUAUGUGUAUUUGCUGCAAUAUGUUGUAUUAAAUCAAAUUAUAUUAUGCAUAUUAGGGUGGUCCAAAGAAUACAGUGAUAGAAAUAAUAUAAAUUAAAAUUUAACGAAAUUAAAUUAUUUUAAAAUAAACUACAUUAAACUAAA